AUGGGGAAGUUCAUGAAAUCUGGAAAGGUGGUCCUUGUGUUGGGGGGACGAUUUGCAGGACGAAAAGCUGUCAUUGUGAAGAAUUACGAUGAUGGAACACAAGAUAAACCUUAUAGCCACGCUCUGGUCGCUGGCAUUGACAGAUAUCCAAGAAAAGUGACACGAAGCAUGGGCAAGAAGAAGCUGAAGCAGAGGUCCAAGGUCAAGGCCUUUGUCAAGGUUUUCAACUACAACCACCUCAUGCCCACCAGAUACUCUGUGGACAUCAACUUUGAGAAGAAUGUUGUUAACAAGGACAUCUUCAGAGAUCCUGCACUCAAGAGCAAGGCAAGACGGGAAGUCAAAGCUAAAUUUGAAGAAAGGUACAAGACUGGCAAGAACAAGUGGUUUUUCCAGAAGCUGAGAUUCUAA